AUGUCGAAUAAGCCAAGUCGUCAUGUUAAAGAUCGAGGACUUAUGCACUCCCUGAAUACACGACCAGCGCAGUAUAAAAGCUUGUCUCAAAUGAACUCUUCCAAACCUCGUAAGGUACUUGCCAACUGCUCUGUGAGCUGUUUGAUUCUCGAGGAUGGGCCAGCCCCCGGCACGGAAAAAGUAUUCAAGGCAAUUUUGCACUUGAGCCCAACAGCAAUUGAUAUAACUUGGGAUCACAAACGUCUUCUAUCCUUUUGGGCUGAUUUGUCUUCCGUCGAACAGAACAUUCCUCACGAAGAUUAUCUGCUACGAGGCAACCGGCCGGCGCCCAUAAGGAUUCGGUUUGAGGAUAAAAACGACAAAGUUCUUUUUUUGAACUAUGCGCGUAAAAAGGAUAAACUGCGAUCCUCAUUUUCGAGUUUAUCCAGCGUUGAAAGCCCGGCAAAGCUCAAGCUCAUCGGAUCCAAGACCCCUAUUUCUACUCUUGAUCAACCUGAAAUCGAAAAAGAGGAUCCUAACAGGAAAAGCUCGAGUAAGAAUGAUAGUCCACAAACUAAUGAAGAGCACUAUUCUGGCAACUCGUUUUCAAACUCGCCGGAGAGGGCCAAACCAAAACGACCUCGUCUGGUUGUGGACUAUGCUGCUGAGGACUCUUUGGACGAGCUCGGCAUGGAUCCUGCUGAGGAACCUACUGAGGAAUCAAUUGCCGACCUUAAAAAAAGAGGCAUUAACGGCGCCAGUUAUACAAGUGUCUCCGAGCGUCGGGCUAUAAAGUUGGCAGCAUCCGACGUCGGACGACUUCUCCCCAGGUACUAUUUGAACGAUAAUCUCAUCAACUUCUUUUCGAGAGUUUUCAUGGAUGAAUAUGGCAAUCAAGACAGCAAGUUCAGUACCCAUGUGUUCAGCACGUAUUUCUACAGCCAAGCUAAGAAGGCCUCUGGGUUGGAUCGGAUGGCGUCGUGGCUAAGCAAAGUGCCGUUAGACAAAAGCAUAUAUCUCAUUCCCAUUCACGGUGCUUACCAUUGGACUCUGGCUGCAGUGAUUGGAUUUGAUACUAUUUUGGAGGGAAACACUCUGUCGUUAAUUCUAUCAGACUCGCUGGGUGUGGCCAAUAUCAAAGCAAGAGGCAUUAAACCGGUUGUCAAAGAUAUUUUCAGAAAACUCUUUGAGCUGAAAUACCCUAACGAGGUAUUUCAGCCGAAAAUUUGUACUAUCAUUGCAAAGACACCCUCCCAAUCAAACAGUGUCGAUUGCGGGGUGUUUAUUCUUGACUAUGUCACUGAUAUUCUUCGUGACCCCAAGCGAUUUGUUGAAGAAGUCAAUAAGAAAAGAAGCCUACUAGAGCUGGAUUGGGACGAUAUUUCCACCAAUUCCGACUAUGGCGACCGCGAAAAGUACCUGAGCAUCGUGCAAAAGUAUGCCACUUCUGAAGAAGAGCUGAAGGUAGCUGCCAGCUCGGAGAUUGGCAGCCCGCUAGAUAUUGAGGAAGUCAAAGUCUCAAAAGUGAAAAGAAACCGCCGUAUUUGA